AUGCCCACCAUAUCAAAUACUGCUACCACUAUUGUUCCGCCGGCCACCGAAUCAAGCACUGCUGAUACGCCCACCAUAUCAAAUACUGCUACCACUAUUGUUCCGCCGGCCACCGAAUCAAGCACUGCUGAUACGCCCACCAUAUCAAAUACUGCUACCACUAUUGUUCCGCCGGCCACCGAAUCAAGCACUGCUGAUACGCCCACCAUAUCAAAUACUGCUACCACUAUUGUUCCGCCGGCCACCGAAUCAAGCACUGCUGAUACGCCCACCAUAUCAAAUACUGCUACCACUAUUGUUCCGCCGGCCACCGAAUCAAGCACUGCUGAUACGCCCACCAUAUCAAAUACUGCUACCACUAUUGUUCCGCCGGCCACCGAAUCAAGCACUGCUGAUACGCCCACCAUAUCAAAUACUGCUACCACUAUUGUUCCGCCGGCCACCGAAUCAAGCACUGCUGAUACGCCCACCAUAUCAAAUACUGCUACCACUAUUGUUCCGCCGGCCACCGAAUCAAGCACUGCUGAUACGCCCACCAUAUCAAAUACUGCUACCACUAUUGUUCCGCCGGCCACCGAAUCAAGCACUGCUGAUACGCCCACCAUAUCAAAUACUGCUACCACUAUUGUUCCGCCGGCCACCGAAUCAAGCACUGCUGAUACGCCCACCAUAUCAAAUACUGCUACCACUAUUGUUCCGCCGGCCACCGAAUCAAGCACUGCUGAUACGCCCACCAUAUCAAAUACUGCUACCACUAUUGUUCCGCCGGCCACCGAAUCAAGCACUGCUGAUACGCCCACCAUAUCAAAUACUGCUACCACUAUUGUUCCGCCGGCCACCGAAUCAAGCACUGCUGAUACGCCCACCAUAUCAAAUACUGCUACCACUAUUGUUCCGCCGGCCACAGAAUCAAGCACUGCUGAUACGCCUACCAUUACCACGUCCACAAACUCUGCUAGAGGAAAUAAUAAUGAACAAGAAUACAAUAUUGGCAACGGAGGAACUGCCUACGGAGAUGGUGAGGGAGGCAAUACGAGCUCGCGGCCACAGACGCGAGCACUCAAAAUUACGUUUUUAAUCUCGGUAAUGGAGGAAACAGCUACGGAGGUGUUGAUGUCCCUGCACCAAAACCAGUGCCAGCCCCUUCACCUCAAUUCGGAGGUUUCGGUGGUGGAUACGGAGGUGGAUAUGGAGGCGGUUACGGGGGCGGAUUUGGGGGCGGUUAUGGAGGUGGUUAUGGGGGCGGACCUUAUGGAGGCUUCGGAGGACCAGGUUUUGGAGGCCCAGGCUUCGGAGGGCGACGUUUCGGCCGUUUCCCUGGAGGAUCUAUAA